AUGAGGGGUUUCACCCUAUUCGUAGCGAAUCUGCCAUUUGAUUGCAACCACGAGGAUGUGUUCAAGAUCUUUCAGCGGCAUGGGAAGGUCAAUGACAUUUACAUCCCCUACUUUCCAAACUCCUCCAGACCUAGAGGUUAUGCUUUUGUCAGAUUCCAGUAUGAAGAUGAAGGAAGAGCGGCAAUAGGAGUUCUAGAUGGCAGGAAAAUUGAUGACACCCUCAGAAACAAACCCACUCAAAAACCUCCUAUCCCAGCCCCCAUCAACCAAACAGAAGUGGGGAAUAGAGAAGACUACACCAUAAUGGUGAACCAACAAGCUGUUUAUCGGAAACGUUCUCAGCUCAAUCUUGCCAUUGUGGCUCGGGCCAAGUCCACUGCGAUUUCAGUUACCCUCCUCUCGGAGCAGCUGAGGAAGACCUGA